UGUAUGUUUGUACUCGUCAAUGGAUUGUCGCUAGUUCAUAACAUUACUGGUAAGAAUGCACCGCGAAGUACUGACGACAUUUGGGUUUUGGAUAUCACCAAUGAGCUGUAUCUAGUGUGCACGAAGGAAUGAAGAGCAGAAACCAGACGUCUGUUAAAGCGGGAAGCAGCAGAAAGAAAGUUCUCAAUGAUGUCACCCCAUCCACCAGCCUGCCUCCUCUGGUCGAGGGUCACGUGAGAUGCUUCCUGAAGGUGACAAUAAGUCGGGUCCUGUGGACUGUGCCCAAACCACCACCUGCCACAUUUGUGCGGCUUCGUUGGUGGGGAGAGUCAUCCGACGGCACACACUUCUUCCCGAGAGAUGGCUCGCAAUUGUCCCAGAAAACCAUCAAGACGACGGCCUGCUUCCCAAUUUGUUGUGGCUCGAAGCAGUUCACCUCAUAUCUGGCCGAUAUGGGGACGAUGCAUCUGGAGGUCCUGACAAAGCAUGAACCGCUGCCGUGUGCCAAAGCUCAGAUUUCAGGCAUCUCUAGUCUCUCCAUGACUCGCAGCAUCAGUGGAUUUUACACCCUUGUAUCUUCAACAUCUAAAAAACUUGGAGAGUUGCAGGUGUCUCUUAGUUUGGAAGCACAGUCGGACAGCCGCAGAGCGCUCCCCUCCAGAGACAUUGAGAUGAAUGGAGCACCUGCUAUCAAGAUAACUGCCCCUGCUGAACCCAGGCCACCACUAAUGUCUUCACAUAAACAGUCAGCUAGGAGUCGUGGAAGAGACAUACUAAGAGGGAAAGACCACUUGUAUUUCAGAAAGACGAAAGAAGAUGAUGUAGUGCCGGAAAAUCUGAAGCCCUUGUCUACCAGCUCUUUGAAUCAGUCAGUCAAAAAAACAGAGGGUCACUCAACUGAUGACAUUAUCCCAAUCGUCCCUGAGUGUGGGGACCAACUAAAAACUCCUGAUUUAGAAUCAGGAGACACUGGUGCAGGCCAAAUCCUGAAAAACACCCCUCUACCUCUCCAGAGAGAUAAUAAUCAACCACUGCUAGCCUCUGGAACAUUACUCCAAAAUAUAUUGCAUUCUGAGGUGACACCUCCGCCACAGCAAGAUGGAGCCACAGAGGCUGUGUCUGACAUCGACUACAGAACGAUUGAACUUCUCUUUGGCAGGUUGGAUAAGUCUGGUGUUCCUCAGCUGGAUUGUGAUGAACCGUACUCUGCAUCGCCCUCAGUGCACAGCAGUGUUUGUGCGGACAGCGAACUCAAUGACCCACAGUUUGAUCAGAGUUUACUGGACGACUUGUUUUAUAAAGAUCCUAUGUUGAAUACUAAAACAGAUGAUGAAGAACCUAAUGUCCAAGAAGCUAAGUUGUUGAGGAACGGCCCAGAGAAAAAAACAAUGAGUCCAUCUGGACACUGCAAUGGUGACAAUCGUGUUUCAGCUCCCCAGUUGGAAAUUCCUCUGAGCCCAGAACAGCUGUCUCAACUGUGUUCGAUCCAAAGUGCAAAAGUGAGCGUCAUUUCUCUGACAGUAACAUCAAGUCCCAAAAUGUCUCGUAAUAAAGGGAAGCUGUCGCCAUCAAUAUCCGGGAUCAAGUGCACCUAUUUUGUGGAGUUUGUUUUCCCAAUGAUUCCCAGCCCAAGCAGACGUGGCAAAGCUCCAGAGCAGAAGGUGAUUCGAGCGGUUUCAAGCAAAGUCACAGGAGGAGUGGUGACAUUUCAGCAGAGUUCUUCGUUUCCUGUACAGUUCAACCACACUAAUGCAGAGGAGUGGUGGAGCAGUGACAUCAUAUUCAGUAUAUAUUCACGAAGGAGUCACCAAAAGAAGGCGGUUCUGGUUGGUAAAGCCGUCCACUCACUGGGCUGUCUGCUACAGAACCCGCAGCUCUGCCAAACUGUCAGUUUGCCAGUAAUGAAUGUUGAAGGGGUGACGCAUGAAAUCGGACCUCUGAAGGUGUCACUGGAACUUGUGGUGGGCAACUUUUAUUCUGAAAAUAUCAAACUGAGCAACACACGAAGGAAGCCCCCUUCCAAAGUGCAGCAUCUCGACAUUAGCAAGGAAGAAGAGCCAUCUCAGGUUUUUGCAGACACCAGAAAUCCAGAGAACUAUUUGAAAGUGUCCAGCUUUCAUUCUGACCACGCCACAAGUCCCAGAGAGUCACUGCUUCCCUUGGAAGAAGAGCCUGUGGUUCUAUUGCACACGCUGUUGAUGGUUCCAGAUGGAAAAGACUUUAACGAUGGGCCUUCAAAUUCUGUCAAUCUGUACUUAAACUGUAAACAGUUUUGGAGCGACGAGAUGGCGCGAUCGGUGGUCAGCUGGGGUCAGGCAAAUCCCUGCUUCAAUUUUGUUCAGGUCACCCCGGUGGCUCUGACCUCAAAGCUGCUGGAACGGAUGAAGAAUAACGUGAUGGUGAUUGAAGUUUGGAGGAAGAUGGGAAGUUCAGAACAGGAUCAGCUCUUUGGACUCGUCAAGUUACCCCUCCACCAGUUCUACAUGUCUUUUAGGGAGCAAAAGAUAGCCAGGCUGCUUCUUCAGGCGCAGUAUCCGGUGUUAGGAGUGGACUGCUACAUGCCAGUCGUCGACGUGCUGUUCAGUCUUAAAGGUCACCUCAGGGUCGUUCUAGUGAUGGGCCGCUCAGAGCAGAUACUUGCUCUGCAACAAGCAAGAGAUGGGGUGACUGUCUCUCCGUGUCCCCCGGUGAUGCAGCGUCAUAUACCUGAUCACCAGCAGCAGGCGGAGGUGAACGUAACAGAAGACGCCGCAGUCAGAGAACAUCUAUUCGUCAUUCGAGUCGAAGGCAUCAAUGGACUGAUGCCUCUGCAGUCAACAGUUUGGGGUGAAGCUGAUUGCUUUGUGCAGUACAGUUUCCCAUGCCAGGAGACCGGACGAGACAACAAGACCUCAGAUGAACGCGCAGAUAUAACUCUGAAGUGUUUUCGGACAACUACCACACUCUGCAUACCAGACCCAGUGUUCGGUCACACAGAGACGCAUGUUCUACUGGCCCCUGAUGAUGUUCCAGUCCAGCAGCUGUUGCUCCGAUCUCUACCGAGAAAAGGCAGUGCAGGAGUGCUGUUUGAAGUCUGGUGCAGAUACUAUUAUCCAAAUGUUCGUGAUCAACUGGUGGCCAAAGCAAUCCUCCCACUCUCCAGCCUGUAUACCAUGUUGACAGUGCAAAGACCUGACAAACCGAAAACUUUCUCCAUACCUCUGGUUCCUCAGGUCCAGAGCCCCAAAGGACGUGAUCCACAGCCCUCAGGUGUGUUGGAUGUCUGCAUUCAUUACAAGCACAGGCCACUGAGAGCUGCAGGGUCGUCUGUCCGAGGAGCAGCGUCUCGUCUAGUGACACUCGUGGUGGAGGUUCACCGUGCAUGUGGACUACAAGCAGCAGCAAGAGUUGUAUCCCAGAGAGACGGAAGGUUCAACUACUUCGCUGGCGUAGGCGUCAACGCUUAUGUCACAGUCCAGCUCUCCUUUUUACCCGACAAUGAGCGGAGGUGCACACGUGUGGCUGGCAGGAACUUCUGUCCGGAGUUUGACCACCACACUGAGGUGUCAUGUGACCUGCUGCAUCAGAGAAGCACCGGGGAAACCUGCAGUUUGGCUGAGCAGCUUUUGGAGGCGUCUGCAGUCUUCACUGUCUGGAACAGAGACAAUCGCAAAAAAGACACUGACAAGCUUCAAGAUGUGAUGUUGGGAUUCGUGAAAAUACCCCUGGCUGAUCUGCUUCGUAAAAGAACUGGUAUUUCUGGCUGGUUUGGAGUUUUUCUACCACAGGAAAAGAGUUCCUCUCAGGACCAGAACGUCUCGGUUGGCGCUCUGGAGAUCUCUGUCUGCUUCGCUCAGCGCUUUGAUCGGGAAAGGAUUCUCAAAGCUGCCAAUGGUUUGGGAUGGGAGAUGUCGCGUCUCGACCCAGAAUGGCAGGAUGAUGAAACAUUCUGGGAGGGGAACAGGAUCAAGACUUCCUUUGCGCUGUCAAUGCCUAGAGUCUGGAUACCUGUCCACUGCCUGCUUCUGCCAGGACACACUGAAGUCCAGCGCUCCACCUACUGCUACUUUAGGUACAAGUUCUAUGACAAAGACGCCGUCUGCUCUCAGAUGAAGCACCCCACUAUUGUAGACGGGAACCAAGCCACAGUGAGUUUUGAUGGAAGCAGGAUUGUAGAGCUCAUGAGGACCCCGCCUCUUAUGUGGUACCUUCAAGAGGAGAAGCUGGAGAUCCAGGUCUGGGUGGCUUUUAAAAAAGACAAGACUCAAAGACCCAGUGACACUGACCGACUGGUGGGAUCUGCAUUUUUGGAUCUGUCUUCUCUUGCCAGGACAUCAGACCAGAAGUUGUCUCUUAGCGGUGUGUACCCACUGUUCAGAAGCUCAGCACCUGACCUGCAGGGUGCUGCUCUGCGAGUUCACAUCACUCUGACCUCCUGUGGUUACACAACAGUACCAGACGAUCAGUCUGACUGCGAGGAAGAGGAGUUCACGAAAGAUGCUGAGGGAGCAAACCAAGUUCCUUCAUCAUCUCCACCGACACAGUCAUAUUUACUGACCAGACACCAGAGAACAUCAUCAGAAAGUCCUCCUGAUGUUUCAUCUACUCACCAAACGAAGGAUGACUCUGAGUCCUUUCCUGUCACCAUCACUGUGGACAGAGCAAUGCACCUGAAUCUGAAAGGUUGUCCACUAGCUGAGCGCAACGAAAAGGCGCCGUGUUGCUGCGUGUCGUACGUCACUGCAGACUCGUCUGAACCAGUGUCCACAGCCGUGGUCAGCGACACUGACUGCCCCCUGUGGGACCAUCAACGUGAAUGCAGGCUGUCAAAACAGCUUCUGAUUGAUCCUCAACAGUCGCUGGUGUUCAAGGUCUGGCACAAAGGAGAAACUGAAAGAGUGAUUGGAUUCGCGUCAGUAGAUCUUUCCCCUCUGCUGUGCGGCUUCCAGUCAGUGUGUGGCUGGUACAACAUCACAGACUUCGGCGGGCAUUGUCACGGUCAGCUCAAAGUGUCGGUGACCCCUCUGAAGUGGGUCCGAGAUCUCCGAGGGGAGAGAAGAGCUGUUGAGGAAGGAUCUGACAGUCACUCAUCGCCUCCUCUACAGAUCUUCCCUGUGAACUACCACACCACAGCCACUUACAGCAGCUUCCCAUCUCACAUCAGUCGAUAUCCGGAACAGAUGAUCUGCUCUCCUGAGGAGUCGUUCUUCUCUGAAAAGUCUGCUGGUUCCGAUCGUCAUUCCGAGCACAUGGAUAACGUGCGGAUGUACCAUCAGAGUCUGCAAGAGCAAACUGCUGCUCGCUCUGUCUGCAGCAGCAGCGCCGGUGACUCCAAUCCCUCCAGCUCUGUCCUGUUCUCAACACUCAGGAAGAAGCUCAGUGAGCUCGACAACAUCCAAAAGUACUUCAGCCAUAAGGUGGCUACCCCUUGCCUCUUCCCACCGACCACUGAUGCAGAGUGUCAUGUGACCCAAGACUGUGAGCAGGAGACCAACACUAGUGAGCUUCUUCUUAAAUCCAAGCAGUUGGUUGGUGAAGUCAACAAAAUUGUCUGUGGUCUUCGAGGUCAGAACCUUGAAACUAUUCCAUCGAUCCCUGAGAGCCACUCCCCUUCAUCACUGGGAGACGACCCAGUCAACAUCCCUGAAAUCAAUCAUUCCAGCCCAGUCAGAUGCUCCGUUUCCGCUGAAGAACUCGUAUCCGAGUUGCUAUCUCCACCUCCCAAAUUAUCGGGCUGUGUUGACUCUGAGGAUGAAGAUGAGGAGCUCCAAAAUGGGAGUGUGGAAGAACAGGAGGAAGAUGAUGAGGAGCAGGAGCAGGAUGAAAGAAGUGAGUGCAGUGGAGUAGAGGACGAGGAGGAGGAUGGCGAUUAUGAAGCUGUUGUGGUUAAGCCUCGGCAGUUGAAUGAGUUGACCUCUCUAACGGACAAAACCAGUCCUUGGACCAGCGUCCUGUCGGAUCCAGACCUGGACACCGUGGAGAGUGACGAGGCUUCGGAUCAUGCAGAGGACGAAGUGCAGAUCCCUCAAACCGAAACUCCUCUCGACCGCGGAGAGAAACUAGACCAUUCUAUAUGUGACGAGAACGAAGAUCCCAAAUCUGUCGACUCAGAAGUAGCAGCUGGAGUCGCUGGUGACGAAGCAGAAAUGGCAGUGGAUGAAGCUGAAGACAGUGAUACAGAUUUGCCAUUAACUCCAGAGAAAGUCACUGAAUCUGCCCAGGAAGCUUCUCUAUCGCUGAAUAAUGAAGACACAGAUCCUGAGCUAGCUAUUCCUAAUUUCUUCCUACCUUCACACCAGCUGGAGGCGUCUCUGAGGGCCGUCCGAUUGGCUCCCACUUUCUCUCUGUCAUCUGGUGACACAGAACGUCAUUCAAGUGCCAACACUCGGAGCAGGGCUCCGCGCCAGCGUCCCGACAUGUCACCCACGUCCAGGAAGAAGGAGCUGGAGAGAAUCGCCAAGAUUUUCCAAGCUCAUUUCGAUCCGCACCACUCGUAGAUGCACAGCAGCAAUGAGUUUAAAUUGUCUUAUAAUUGUAAAAAGUGUUGUCGUUUGACUGUUUUAUUUGUUUGUUUUUGUAAUGUAUUUGGUUAUUUUUAUUUGUCAAUUAUGAUUUUUUUCUGUUGCCAUGUUCAUGUUGAUCAGAGACAUUUUUCAUCUUUUGAUGUGGCAGCAGAAUUAAUGAUGUGAAUAAGUCAUGUGGUAUUUUUAAUAAAGACUUGUUUUUAAUUAA